AUGGCCAACCAAGAAGCUGCUGCAUCCAGUCCUCCUGGAGCCGAGGACGCCAACACACGCAUCGAAGUUGACGCUGCAUUCAACGAUGACGACUCAGCUUAUGCUGCAUCACUUGUGUCGGACACCACUUCCCUGCGGACUUCAUUCAGGGAAUACAAGUGGGAACAUGGUAGGCGAUAUACUGCCGCUGAAGACACGAAGUAUUGGGGACCAAAUGAUGAGAAGCAACAGGCAGCCGAAGAUCUCCUGCAUGAGAUGCACAAGUUUAUCCUAGAAGGGAAACUCCAUCAAGCACCGCUGUCAGAUCCCAAGACCGCCCUCGAUGUCGGUUGCGGUAUCGGUUCCUGGGCCAUCGAAUUCGCCGACGAGAAUCCCGCUUGUACCGUUACUGGUAUCGACUUGUCUCCAAUUCAACCAACUUUCGUGCCUCCAAACCUCCGCUUCGAGGUAGAUGACAUCAAUAAACCUUGGACGUAUCCCGAGGGCCACUUCGAUUUCGUCCACAUCCGAAACAUGUUGGGCACCGUACCAAACUGGACUGAAUUUCACAAAACAGCAUUCAAGCACAUUAAACCCGGCGGCUGGGUCGAACAAGUUGAGCUAUCGAGCGUUAUGCGUUCGGAAGAUGGUUCUAUUCCGGAAGGUUCCGCCAUUCAGAGGUGGACUGGCCUCUUUGACGACAUCGGCGACAAACUAGGCAUUACGUUCCGAGCCGCCGAAUCCGCCUACCCGGCUAUCACAGAAGCCGGCUUCAUCAACGUCACACAACGCAUCAUCAAGGUACCGCUUGGACCAUGGCCCAAAGAUAAGCGGCUCAAAAGCUGGGGUCAGUGGUGUCGUUACUUUUCUCUCGAGGGGAUGGAAGGGUUCGCCCUCCGGUCGUUCGUUGACGUUUUGGGGGCGCAUUGUUUACGGUCAGAAACCUGA